CCGCCAUCUUGCGAGGAAAAUGAAAGUUAAUAAAAUAUACAAAGUUCCAGCAAAGUUCUAUGCACAAUAAAAGAGUGAUUUACUAGAUAGCUUCUUGUCUUCUCAUACGAUCAAAGAAAUGUGUGAAGCAUCAGAUCCAGGGCAUAUUGCCAUAAUAGAUGGAUCUGUCUUAGAAGGGGGUGGCCAGAUACUACGUAAUGCAGCAGCCCUUAGUUGUCUCUUGGUAAAACGUAUUACAGUAAACAAUGUCCGUUCAUCUAGAAGUAAUCCAGGAUUAAGACCACAGCAUCUGAUGGGCCUCAAGUUGGUAGCAGAGUUGUGUGGGGGAGAUCUUCAAGGGGGAGCUGUUGGAUCUCGUACUGUCACUCUAACUCCAGGCAAGAGGAUCAGAGCUGGUUCAUAUUGUGCAGAUACAGGAACUGCUGGGAGCAUCUGCCUACUUCUUCAAGCAGCUCUUCCCUGCCUUUUGUUUGGAGAUGGCCCCUCUACACUGACACUCAAGGGUGGCACCAAUGCACAGAUGGCCCCUCAAAUAGACUACUUUACCAUGGUAUUUGGGCCAAUUGCAGAGAGAUUCGGAGUAAAAUUUGACUGUGAUAUUGUUAAAAGGGGAUAUUAUCCAAAGGGAGGUGGUGAAGUUAGAAUAACAAUCCAUCCCAUAAAACAACUCAAUGCAGUAGACAUGACAGACUUAGGCAAGGUGGACAGCAUAUCUGGGAGAGCUUUCGUUGCAGGUGCACUGCCAAAAAAGGUCGCUGACAUUAUGGCAAAUUCAGCAAGAGAUCAUCUAAAGAAACGUUUUACUAAUGUGUCGGUGGAUAUUGAAUCAGUAAAGGAAGCAGAGAACAGAGCUGUGGGAACUGGAGCUGGGAUUAUUGUGAGUGCCAAAUCAACCAAUGGUUGCAUACAUGCUGGUUCUGCUUUAGGAAAGAAAGGUAUUCCAUCUGAGGAUGUAGCCAAAACUGCCUGUGAUAUGCUAACUAAGAGUCUCAUGUAUGGGGGAACAGUAGAUGAAUAUCUCCAGGAUCAGUUGAUUAUCCUGAUGGCAUUAGCAAAAGGGAAGUCCCGGAUAAGUUGUGGUCCAAUAUCUCUUCAUACAAAGACUGCAAUUCAUAUAGCACAAAUGCUUACUCAAGUGAAGUUUCAAGUAAUUGAUGACCAAGAUGAUGUCAACUUCAUAGAAUGUGAGGGUAUGGGACUUGUGAACAGUUUUCUGUGACAAACAACAUAACAUAGGAAAAUAAGGUGUGAUGAGGUAUAAUUGGCCAUUACAUUGCGAAUCCUAGAGGAGUAUAGAGAGAGACAGAAAUAGAACUCAACUGUAGCUGAUAGGAUUAGACAAUUUUUACAAUGGAUGUAAAGUUGAAAACGAGGUACAUAUGGAAUGAAUUUUUGUGAAUCCAAAAUAAAUGCUGUUUUACACAAAUAUGAAAAAUGUGUGUUCACUUAAAGGUGUGUGUGUCUGCUAUGGGCAGAAGGAGCCAGAUUUUACUUGGUUUAGCUGAAAUUGAA